AUGAGUAAAGACUCAUCAAACGGCGCGUCUGCUAGUUUUGCAGAAAAAAUAAGCGGUACAGCGAAGAUAGAUUCCUCUUUAGACAAUUUAUUUAAGCAAUCUAAACCGCUUUCGCGUCCUGCUUUCAAAGAACCCACCAAAAUAUCGUUACCAAGCACAGAUGAAAUUGUUGAUGAAAGUCCUGAACAAGGAACCGAGAUUGAAGUCGAAAAAAAGAAAUUAAAAGAAAAGAAGAACCAAUCCAAGAAGAAGAAAAAGUCUGGUUUGGACAGUGACAAUCUCGAAGCCGAUUAUUUUGAUAAAUUAAGAGAAGAGGAAGUAGUCGAAAAGGAAGUAGUUAAAAAGGAUGCAGAAAGCGAAGACGAAGAGGAACGAUCUAAAAAGGAAAAUAAAGAGCAAGGAUCCGAAAAAGAGAAACAAAAGUCAGAACAGGAGAAAUUGGAACAGAGGGCAAUAAAACACCAACAAGAAGUUAAAAUUCAACAAGAGCUCCAAAAGUCCGAAAAAACUAUUUUCGUAAAUAACUUGCCAUCUAAAAUUGUUGUAGACAAGCACGAAUACAAGUCUUUUGCUAAGCAUUUUCGUCAAUUCGGAAACAUCAAAUCGAUCAGGUUUCGCAGUUUGGCCUUUUCCGAAUUUUUACCUAGGAAGGUUGCUUUUCUUGAAAAGAAACUUCAUGCUGAACGUGAUACAGUAAAUGCUUACAUUGUUUAUGAUGAAGCUUCAUCUGCCAGAAAUGCGUUAUCAUUGAAUGCCACCAUCUUUAUGGAUCGCCAUCUUCGCGUAGAUAGCGUUAGCCAUCCUAUGGCUAGAGAUGUAAAACGCUGUAUUUUCGUUGGUAAUUUGGCUUUUGAGGCAGAGGAAGAGCCAUUAUGGCGCUACUUUGGACAGAGCGGUGAAAUUGAGUAUGUGCGUAUUAUUCGUGAUCCCAAGACAAAUUUGGGCAAAGGAUUUGCCUAUAUUCAAUUUAAGGAACCUCUUUCAGUUGACAAGGCUCUUUUGUUGAACGAAAAACAGAUGCCAGAAGGAAGAACUCUACGUAUUUCAAGAGCCAAAACUAUCAAACCCAACGCUUCUACUCCUAAUCGAAAUGUAAAGACAAAUGUAAAGACCAACAACCCAAAGGGUCGUACUUUGCAGGGUAGAGCCCGUAAAUUGAUAGGUAAGGCAGGAAAUGCUUUGGUUGAACAGAACUUGUCUUUAGAAGGCCAUCGGGCUAAACCGGGCGAAAAUCCUUUAGCAAAGAAAAAGAAGCCUAGCAAAAAGCGUAAGGAACGUGCCGAUACUUGGAAGCAAAAUAAUUCCAAGAAGGCUAAGGUCUAA